AUGAAAUACACAACAUCUUACAUCAAUUCAAUACACAAAAAUUAAUUAAUUAAUUUAAGACUAGACUAAUGACUGGAAUUCAAUUGUUUAAAUGAUAGUUCAACCAGAUACAAUCAUUUUGAUGUUUUGGAAGUCAAUUGAAGCAAACCACUGUUGGUUAAAAAUCGGUUUUAUCUUAUUUCGUCCUUGUUUUUGGAUUACUCACUACACUUUUAUCUGGCGCGUUAAUGACUUUGUGUAAAAUUCGCGUAUGUCCAGACAAGCCUCUCCUAUAAGUUGGUUUGUUUGUUUAUCUUAUCGGCCGGAGCAGCGCCCCGGCGAGUUCGGGUUUGUUUUUCCUUGCUUUACUUUGCAGCUUGUUUACGAAUUUCGGCCCCUGGCGCAGCGCUUCCUUCGUUUGCUGGACCAGUUUGUGCCGAUGGGGGGAAGGACGAGUUUAAAAUGUGUGAUGGAGAAAAAGAAAAAAUUAAGACGGCGCUAAGCAUCUUCUUCCAAGAGGCGGCCAUUCCCAGCUGCCACCCGCAGACAAACCACUUUGGCCAGGUGUGCACGCCGUGCAACACGCCAGCCACUCCACCCAACUUCCCAGACGCCCUGCUGGCCUUUUCGAAGCUGUCAGCCGCGGACAAGAUGUCCAACUCGCCAAACACAGGGUUUUUCUCAACGUCUCCAAACCAGACAAUGGUACAUGGUGGCGGGCAGCAGCAGGGUGUGCCCGUCACCCACCACUACCCCCUGAGCCAGCCGAUGCAGGUGCAAGCGACCCAGCAGCCGCAGCAGCACCCGGCGACGUCGCAAGCAACACAGCAGCACCCGUUUGGCAGAUAAGCGGCCCACGGGACGCUUUGUUGUUGUUUCUUUUGUUGUUGUUGCCGUAGGUAGGGGAGCGAGUGACGACGAAGACGCGCGCGCGGAGACGCCCCCAUCUGCCCGAGACACUUUUUUUACUGGCAGGGUCCAUUGCGAGGACACGCCACAGUUGGGCUAGUCAAACGGGCCGAAUCCUCCGCAGCCGGCGCCCAUUCUCCUUUGAUUAAAAUUCCCUUCCCCAAUAUCGAGUAUUAGUCUCCUGAUUUCUUUCUGUUUGGCCAACUGACGGUGUCGGCGCUGCCCUUUUGGAACCCUCGGUCAAAAAAGAGACUGGAGUGGAUUUUUAUUAUUUUAUUUUUCAGUUUGGUGGCGACGACGCUGCGGUUGUACUUUUUUGUAAAUUUUGCUCACCAAAAUACCUGAAUCGAUUGACAACCCGCAUCAAUUGAGGAAUAGAAAUUGAAAAUAAUUUUUGACCUUCAUGCAGGAGGUGUAAAAAUAGAAUAAUAUCUCGUUCUUGGCCUAACAAGGAUGCAAAUACGCUUUGUGAGUUUCGGUGUGCAUGUUAGAGGUACAUAUGGGUGUUUACAGCAAUGUAACAAUUUAUCAUCAUGAAUUAACUCUCGAUUCAUUACUAUAUAUAAAUGAAAAGAAUAUAAAAUACAAACACACAAACAAGUGCAUGUAAAUACAUGUGUAUUUUAAAUCCAAAUGUGAUAAUAUCAUUUAGAGUUGCAAGUAUAUGAAACCUAGCGAGAUAAAGAUGAAUGACUUUAAAUAAUGAUCCAUUCUUAUCAUCAUGUAUGAUUGAUUGAACAAUAAAAAUGCAUGGUAAUGUACAAUAAUAGGAAAUCAAAGUUUCUGAGUUUUUCUUCUCAAAUUCAUCUUAAUUUUUAUCAAAAGUUUGACUAAGGAUUUUAAACCGACUUUUUUGUAACGACUCCUUCAUAAGAAUAAAGUUGGUAAAUUACAAAUAAAAUUCUAAUUUUCCACGCACCAGAGGAUAUUUUAUUGACGUUUAAAAUACAAUCUAAGGGUUAGUGAACAUAGAUGAGAGUAAUUGUUAAAUUGAUAGCCAGGGCCAGGUGACAAAGUUCAAGUGGAAAAAUCAUAAAGAGACAGGACGCAGCGGCCUCCCCACCCAACUACUCGGCGCGAUAGAAAAAAAUUUGCACUUCAUCAGGUUAUCAGAAUCAAUCCGCAGCGCCCGUCAUGUUGAAAAUAACUAAUAAAAAAAUUAAGAGACAAUCGGAAGAAAUCAAAUCAUUGCACCUGGUGGAAUGACGUUGUGUAAAUAGCAAAAACCACACACCUCUUACCGCUACAACGAGACAAUCGGGCCCUGGAGUU